AAAAAAAUUGUAAAAAAUUAUAUAGGGUGAAAAAUUAAAAACCAAAACAAAAAUAUAAGUUUUACUGCAAGGGAAAAAAUUGUUUAUCAGCGCAUUAACAAGGCACACAAUCAAUACGCACAAGAAAGCCUAUAAGACGCGAUAAUAUAUGAAAACAAAAAAAAAAGGAAAACGGGAAACGGAUGAGAAAAUAAAAACUAAAUGCAAUCCAAAAAAAUUUAAAAAGAGUAGAAAUAUUAAGUGUAUGAAUGCUUUUCCAAAGUCUUAGGAAUAACUAAAUUCCAAGCUGUACGAAUUAAUUGGCUGGCGAAGAGGAAAUAACAGCAAAGCUGGCUAUAGCAAAUUUUUUGAGCAGCAUGUCGGAUGAUGAAGAGGAUGAAGUUACCGAUUUGAAGUUGCAAAUCUUCCACAACACUGUACGAGAGCACAUAAUCUUUCUUUUAUUAUUAAUUGUACUCUAUAUUGCUUCAUAUGUUUUAAUAUCACGUUUUCGACGCAAAGAUCGUGAUGAUGUAUUUUCUAACGAUGAAGAUGAAUUGUUAGUCUAUCGCAUAAGCUCAUGGCUUUGUAUUUUUUCAAUGGCGAUAGCAGUGGGAGCUGCUCUUUUAUUGCCCGCUUCGAUAGCUAGUAACGAAGUAUUGUUACUUUAUCCAAGCAGUUACUAUGUUAAAUGGUUGAACAGUUCAUUGAUACAAGGUCUUUGGAAUCACGUUUUCUUGUUCUCCAAUCUCUCGCUGUUCAUCUUUUUACCCUUCGCUUAUUUAUUUACUGAAUCGACCGGCUUUUCCGGUCACAAGAAGGGCAUUAUAGCCCGCGCUUACGAGACUUUUACAGUAUUUAGCUUAUUGGCUACCGUAGUUUUCGGUUUCACUUACGUACUUUCCGCUGUCUUGGAUCCAGAAAAAAUUGGCUUCUUAUCAUUACUGAAUUUGGGCAGCGUUCACUUACCUUUCUUGUAUUCAUGCGUUUCAUUUUUGGGUGUGCUACUGCUCCUCGUGUGCACUCCAUUCGGUUUUGUUCGACUUUUUGGUGUAGUCGGUCAAGUUUUAGUUAAACCUCAUUUGUUGCGCGAUGUCAAUGAAGAGUACAUUGCCUUUCAUCUGGAGGAGGCCAGUGUUAAACGUAAACUGGCCAAUUUGCAAUUGCAAACGAAUACCGUUAGUAAAUGCUCGAACGGUUCAACAGUAGUCCUGUGCUAUAGCGAUGCCCAAAUUUAUGAGGCGCCGCAGACAUCAACGAAUAAUAAUAAUUUUAAUGCACGUUAUGAAGCCAAUGGUGGUCAUAAUUUUAGCAACUAUUACGCACAUUACAGUCAGCGUCCUUCGCUUGUUCAUCUCAUGCAACGUAAAUCGAGGAAUGGCGAGCUAAUUCAUGAACAUCAAGCCAAAUUAAAUGAAAGACUGAGAGAAUUGGAGUCUGAACGCAAAGAGCUGGAAAAGUUGCGUAAAUCGUCAGCUUUUCAAAGAAAUUUCGUAUAUCCAUUGGCUAUGCUGCUCUUGCUGCUCUUUACCGGCAUUACUAUACUGUUGGUGGUGCAGAACACCUUAGAAUUGCUAAUUGGUAUUAAGGCUUUACCGUUAAGCACCAGGCAAUUUACGUUGGGCAUAACUUCGUUAUCGAAAUUAGGUCCCCUUGGGGCUGGCCUCGAAGUAUGCUUAAUAUUUUAUUUGGGCGCUACGUCAGCAGUGGGAUUUUAUACGAUGCCCUUUAUGAGUCAGGUACGACCGCAGCGGCGUAAAACCUCGCUAUCACAGUUAAUAGUCAAUUGCGCUUUGCUCUUGAUUCUAAGCUCUGCCUUGCCUUUGCUCAGCCGCAUUAUCGGUAUCACCAACUUUGAUUUGCUAGGAGAUUUUGGUGCCAUCGAAUGGUUGGGAAAUUUCCAAAUUGUUUUACUUUACAAUUUGGUAUUUGGCAUCACCACAGCUCUAGUUGUGGCGAAUAAGUUUACAGCUACGGUGCGACAAGAGUUAUGCGCCCGGUGCAAUUUUUAUGUUAUAAUAAGAGAAGUUAGUUUCGUUGCACUCAGCAAAAUACGAAGAAUUCAAGGGGAAGAAAAGUAUACGGAUCUGCGUUUUCCCAUCCUAUUGGAGAUGUCCUAAAAGUAUGUUACAUCUAUUGUAGAUGGAAGGCUGAGGGAACCAUGAAGGCGACAAAUUACAUAAAUCUUAAUCUUAUCCUUAAAAGAAAAAAAUACUCAGGUCUCCUUAAAAAGAGUUUGGAGCCUUUUUUCCCUCCAACUUGCACAAUAAAGUCGCUAUCGACUUGAAUUUUACAACGGCACCCGCACAAGCCCAUCAUGUCAUUUAUUCGUCAUGUGUUUGUAGUAAGCACCAAAUUUUCUGAAAUUAACGCGACUCAACUCGAUGUUGCUCACAACUUGAUGUUUGCCAUUGUUUUCUUUCCGAGGACGCAAACGAUUCAUAAAUGUGACCAAACCUAGAAAAAAGCAACAACAAAAGAACACAUUUUCGUUGUCAUUUUAUAACUGAUGCAUUUUUUGUUUUUUUAUCAUAAGCCUACAAUGCACUGGAAUUUAUGAUUAAGUUUUUUAUGAUUCUUUUGUACCUAAGUCAAGUGACUGCAAUAAAAACCUGAAAUUCCGAAAUCA